UUGCGUCACGCACUAUCACAUUGCUGAAGUGCUACUAUAAUGCUUUUUCAUAUAUAACUGCAAUGUACAGAUUUCUUGUUAUACGUAUGGCUGAGUAUGUUCUUACUGCCAGUUACUACUGGCAUACAAAAUAAGAUUAAAUAGAUAAGUGAUGUCAAAGGAAUGUGAUGUCUCAUUGUUAUGAAUACUUCCAAUAAGUAAAUUUUAUUAAUUGUAAAUAAAUAAUGGUAAUAACAAAUGAAGUGAAGUUGCCGGAAUUCUGUGCUCUAAAUGUGCCUGAAGUGAACCUAUCGACAACGACUCUGAUGAGUGCUGCCCCGUAUCUCGGCAAAGCAUGUGAAUCCAUUAACAACGAGUUCAUGUUAUGUCGUCAGGAGCUUAAUGAUCCACGGCAUUGUAUAGAGCUGGCCGAGGGUCAGUCACUAGCGUGCCCGGCGGUGCGCACCAGUAGCGGAUGGCUGGACUUAUUUCCGUUACCUUGCAAGAAACACGCUGAAUGCAAGGUAAUGGGGUCACUGUUCCUGUGCUGCAAAGGAUUCUGCACGAAAGGCAUCCAGAAAGCCGCUCAGCAACGACUGAACACGCAAGCCCAGAGUAGCACCAUACAGGCAACUAGCACAAGUACAAGUACAUCCAGCACCACCACCACAACUACCACCACAACCACAACUACAACUCCGAGUACCACCAGCUCAACCACCACGACCACUACUACCCCGAGACCGCCGCCGCCUCCGCCAGCGUUGGAGGCCCCGCGACCAUUCCUACAACUUUUGCCGAUUCAGUCUACUGCGGCCAACACUCCGAGGGCUAAUGCUGCGUCUAAGACAGGAAAGACGCAGAAACUGGUGUGUCCGAAGUCGGCUCCCGUGGUACUGUUCCCGAUACCAUGUGAGAACAAUGCGCAGUGUCGAGCUAGCAGCGGCCCUGGCCAAGUGUGCUGCGAGGGUCGCUGCGUAAAUGGAGUACCGGCACCGAGACCCGUCACGGCGCCCAAGCCGCAUCAACCAUUACUAGGUGUGAUACCCCGAGAAUGUCCAAGUGCACCGCUUGGGGAGUUGCUAUUUGAAGUGCAGUCGUGUAAAACCGAUGCAGAUUGCUGGCCACGCAUCUGUUGUCCCGAUGGGAACCGCUCCUACUGCCGCACGGCUAAAGCCAGGCUGGACCUCGUACCCGUAGCCCGGCAAAUUGACGCGCCGGUAAGAAUGAUAGAGCAGUAUCUGCAAUGUACAGCACCACCGCAAUAUGACUUGUUCCCUAAGCCAUGCAGCUCUAGUGUAGACUGCUUCCCAAGCUUGUGUUGUGCUGAGGGCGGUAAAAAGCACUGUCGACCGCCACAACGCAGUCUACUAUCUCUUCUUGCUGGCGUUACACAGACAAUUGGAUCUACGUUGGGUAAUCUGCGACAGUCACAGGGACAAGCAAAUAAAAAUAAAGUUUAAUAUUUAUUUUUUAAUUAUUGCAUUUAGUAAAUAUUAUUAAUAUAAUUUGUCGUCUAUUUCUAACAUGAAUAUUAAAACGGUAAACAAAGUAUUUUUAUACUAAAAGUAGGUAUCGGCAGUUUGAUCGAUAGAUUGUCCUACAAAAGUGCGCAAAUUCACACGAUAUUUGUUCUUAUUGAACGAUAGUAUUGAACCUAGUCUAAAAUUGUUACUGAAUUCACGCAGAUACAUAAUUAAAAAACAUAUAUACGGUUGUUUUACUGGUUGUCCAUAGCCUCCUGUAAAUAUUGGCAUUUGUAAAUAGUUACGAUCAAUGAACUAUUGCUGCAUGUCAUCUACUCAGCAUUGGAAAGAUCGGCAAUCGCGAAUUUAUUUGAUUGUGGGCUAAUGACUGCUGCAACAUGCUCUUUGACCCUAUAAGGUAUUCAACGUUUUGUUUGGCCAUUAUAAGAUCUGCCGCAAUCUUCUGCCUGGGUACCU